GAAGGAUUUCCAAGUCACUUGGAAGGCUACAGUAAGAUUUUGCCGAUGAAUCGUGGCGUGGGAUUGACUUUGGUGUUCCUGUGGGGACUAUGGAUGGCCACGAACACUUUAGAAAUCCCCGAUGAGGAUGCCGGAGACUCCAAGCGCUCCUCGUGGAACAAUCUCCAGGCGUCCUGGGGCAAACGCUGGCCGGACGAUUUCGACGAUGUUGACGAUGCUCGACUGGAGGCUAUUGCUGGUGGGCAGCAAAUGCCCCUGGUCGGGCAAAAACGGACAUGGAAAGCGAUAAAUGGGGCUUGGGGCAAGAGGGUGAAUGCAGGAUCAGGUGACUGGAAUAAAUUUCGAAGCGCCUGGGGCAAACGUGAGCCAGGAUGGAAUAAUCUCAAGGGAUUGUGGGGCAAGAGGUCCACCAAUAACUGGAAUCGACUGUCAUCAGGAUGGGGAAAACGAUACGAUGCUGACUUGGAGAUGGACAUUUAAAAAGCAUUUCACAUCAAAUCAUCCUGACUAUUUCCUGCCCAUCUCUUUUGUAAUGUGUGUGUGUGUCUCUGAGCCAUUGAUUUGACGUUGUUCCUUCUCCUUGAUUACUAAGAAAUAAAAGUUAUGGCUGGAA